AUGGCUCAGCCACAAAUUUCAUGCUCAGUCAUCAUUGUGGGUGCUGGACUCGGCGGGUUGGCUUCAGCGCUUGCGCUCCGGCAAGCGGGCCACACUGUGACUGUAUUUGAACGCAGUCCCGAAUUACGAGAGAUUGGUGCAGGGAUACAGCUAUCGCCAAACGCCACUAAACUGCUGCGGAGCUGGGGUGUCUUGGACGAGGUACGCAAAUAUGCGUUCCAGCCCGAGACUGGGACCCUGCGUACGUACCGAGGCAAAGUUGUGUCGCAACAUCCACCUGGUUCAAUCAUCGAGCGCAUGCUCCAGGCACCGUAUCUGGUCAUUCAUCGCGCAGACCUGUUGAACGUCUUGUUGGAUGCAGCACAGCGGAGUGGUGUUGAGGUCAGAUUGGGGUGUGAGAUUGAAGAGCUUGACUUUUCGAAGCCAUCACUGCGCCUCUCCACAGGAACUAUCCACGAAUCAGACGUGAUCUUGGGUGCAGAUGGGGAAAGGUCGUUCUGCCGAAGCGCCCUUCUAGGCCGCGCCGAUCUUCCACGCAAUACUGGUGAUGUUGUUUUCCGCAUUGCUGUGCCGCGCCGAGACAUUGCGACCGCUGACGCACACCCGUCCAAAGAGCUGACACGACAAGCCAGUGUAAACCUUUGGAUGGGGCCUGAUGCACAUGGUGUAUCAUAUCUACUCAGAAACGACAUCCUCAAUGUGGUCCUCGUACAUGCUGACCACUCUGGCACCCAGGAAGUCAUGUUUGGACCCCAAAAGGCGGACCUGGACGAGCUGAAGAGGGUCUUCUCGGGCUGGGAUCCGGCGCUGACAGAGCUCAUGCAGGUGCAGCAGUCGGAGUGCACCAAGUGGACAUUAUUCCAGAUUGACGAGUUGGACCGCUGGAGCCACGACAGCGGGCGGUUUGCCCUGAUUGGCGACGCCGCACAUGCGAUGCUCCCCUUCCUUGCGCAGGGGGCAGCCCAAGCAUUCGAAGACGCAGGGGUCCUGGGUACCAUCUUCGCACGACUGGCUAGCAAGACUCAGAUCCCAGAUGCGCUGGGUGUGUUUGAACUGCUACGCAAACCACGUGUAGCACGCAUCCGCCAGAUGGUAUUGGCCCAGAAGGUUGCUUAUGGGCUCCCAGACGGCCCAGUCCAGGAGGAGCGCGAUGCACGAUUGGCCCAGGGCCCUGACGCAGCAGUUUGGCAGUGGCUGUGGGGUUACGAUGCGAUUGCCGAGGCGGCCAAGGCCUGGCAGGAGUUCAAUGAGAAGCAAGGCAAACCGGGUAAAGAUGAGGCCGGGUCAGGUCUAGAACACCGCGCAGCUGAGGGAUCUGACUGA